UCUGAGCAAUAAGGAUGGUGUUUUAACUUUAGCUUUAACCUGGAGAAGUAUGAAUUAUUAUUUUUUUAAUAUAGCUGGUAAGGGCUAGAGUAGCAAGUUAGUGCAGUGAUGUGGCAGUGCCAUGAGUGACCUUGGUGAUCAUGGAGCGAUUGUAUCACUGUUGCCAGGCAACCCUCUGAUGGAGGACCGCUACGACGGUCCUGGGUGUAAAGUCAGUGAGGCAGCGAUAGCUAUGAGCUGCUAACCAGUCAGAUAAACAACCGCGGCCAUCUCACGAGAGACAAGGCUCAGCACGAGGAAUACUUAUGAAGACACACAUUACUCGACUUAAAGCUUUAAAAUACCACGCACGUCUAUAAAGGGAAUGAAUGAGUUACACAUCCUACACGAAAAAUGAUGUAGCAAGCUAACUUUAGCCAGCUGCCUAGCGCGAUAUUGCUCAAACAUGGACUAUGACGGAUUUGGAGUCCCUUGUCCUGUGCCUAGUUUGGACUCUCAGGACGAUGCCAAAGAUCCAGGGCUGCACACCUUCAGUCACACACACAUGAGGAAAGCCUUUCUGCUCAUGAAUGACUUGAGAAGUCGGAAGAUGCUCUGUGAUGUUUUGUUGGUGGCAGGCGAAGUGGAAAUCCCAGCACACAGAGUAGUUUUAGCAUCCUGCAGCCCUUACUUCUGCGCCAUGUUCACAGGUGACAUGAGUGAAAGCAAAGCUAAUCAUGUCGAAAUCAGGGAUGUUGACGGACAGACGCUCUUAAAGCUGGUGGAUUAUAUUUACUCUGCUGAGAUAGAAGUGUCUGAAGAAAACGUUCAGGUGUUGCUGCCAGCUGCCAGUCUGCUGCAGUUGAUGGAUGUUCGACAGGUUUGCUGUGACUUCCUGCAGACACAGCUUCAUCCCACCAACUGCUUGGGCAUCCGAGCAUUCGCUGACCUUCACGCCUGCACAGUACUUCUCAGCCAGGCCCACGCUUAUGCCGAGCAGCACUUCACAGACGUCAUGGUUGGCGAGGAGUUUAUGGCCCUGUCCUUACAGCAGGUGUGCAGUCUGAUCUCUAGUGACAAACUGACUGUGUCAACUGAAGAGAAGGUUUUUGAGGCCAUGGUUGCCUGGAUAAAGCACGAUAAAGAGGCCCGUUUAGAGCACAUGCCAAAACUCAUGGAGCAUGUUCGACUUCCCUUACUGUCCAGAGAUUACUUGGUUCAGAUUGUGGAGGAGGAACCUUUAAUAAAAAACAACAAUACUUGUAAGGACUUUCUCAUUGAGGCGAUGAAGUACCACCUUUUACCUGCAGACCAGCGGCACCUUAUAAAGACUGACAGAACAAGACCACGCACACCAAUCAGCCUGCCCAAGGUAAUGAUGGUGGUAGGGGGUCAAGCACCUAAGGCCAUCCGCAGUGUGGAGUGUUAUGACUUUCAAGAGGACCGCUGGUACCAGGUGGCCGACUUACCAUCCAGACGCUGUCGAGCAGGUGUGGUGUAUAUGGCCGGUAAGGUGUAUGCUGUGGGGGGAUUUAACGGCUCUCUGCGAGUGCGGACGGUUGAUGUGUACGAUGGACUAAAAGAUCAGUGGAGCUCCAUUCCCAGCAUGCAAGAGCGCCGCAGCACUUUAGGAGCAGCAGUACUGGGGGACCUGCUGUACGCUGUCGGAGGCUUUGAUGGGAGUACAGGGCUUUCAUCAGUGGAGGCGUACAAUCCCAAAGCUAACGAGUGGAUGUUUGUGGCUCCCAUGAACACCAGGCGUAGCAGUGUCGGGGUGGGCGUAGUUGACGGAAAGCUAUAUGCUGUUGGAGGAUAUGAUGGAGCAUCUAGGCAGUGUUUGAGUACUGUAGAAGAGUUUAACCCAGUCAGUAAUAAGUGGUGUUAUGUGUCAGACAUGAGCACUAGACGCAGUGGAGCUGGUGUUGGAGUGCUCAGUGGACAGCUGUAUGCUGCAGGUGGGCAUGAUGGGCCUCUGGUGAGGAAGAGUGUAGAGGUCUAUGAUCCCACAACAAACACCUGGAGACAGGUGUGUGACAUGAACAUGUGUCGAAGGAAUGCAGGAGUGUGUGCCAUAAACGGUUUACUGUAUGUGAUUGGAGGGGACGAUGGGUCGUGUAACCUGUCCUCUGUUGAAUACUACGACCCUGCUGCUGAUAAAUGGAGUCUCAUCCCCACCAACAUGAGCAACGGCCGUAGUUACGCAGGUCUGUUUCCUUCUCACAACCUCUAUGCUCCACCGAUCAGCUAAAACUUGAAUUAAACUGCGCUCUUGUCUGUUUCAGGGGUGUCAGUUAUUGACAAGCCAUUAUGACUAAAAGUCCUGGGCAGCAGGUCUCUUCUUCACACCUGUCGAGGGCUGAGCUGUGACAGACAGACGCUGAUAUAAGCCUGAAUCCUGAUGCUCACAGGUGCUGGAAACUUUUCAUCUUAAAGCCUGACUGCCUCACAAACACACACCUCUCCCAGCCUCCAGAAAGUGCCAUUUAGCUCUGUUAUUAACAGAGAGGCCACAUAAGGUAAUUAUUAAACGAAACCUCGUUUACACAGGCCUAACUGGAUUAAAUCUGCCAGGACAGUAUGUACACGGGACGACUAUGUGCUCUGUUGGGGCUGAAAUCUGGGUGGUAAUCUAGGUGCAGGUGAAGACUGUGCCAACCGAGACCUCUCUGCUUGCUUUACUACUGACAUUACUUUGAACAAUCGUUAUAACAGUCUACUCUAAAACAUCAUAACUGCUUCUACAGGAUAACACUAAUGCAUAUCACACCCUUUAAACCCGAAGAUCUGCAUAAAAUUAAAAAAAAGGUAUAUAAUAUUUUAUAAAAGAAAACCUGAAUUUGAACUAUGAUGGAGCAACAUUUGUUUGAAUAAAUUCAUCGUCGCGCAUCAACAAGCUCAACAGAUCAUGUGAUUGGAUAAAUGGACUGACCAAUCGCAACGCACACCAGCUCAAAUGUUGUUUUAGUCCUUCUAAAACGCCUAAGCCAAAGUCUGUCAUCAAAAUGAUUUGGUUUAAGGCCGACUGCAGGAUAACAUGACAGCGUUUGUUAUUGUGUGUCAUUCGCAAAACUCUUUUACUAUGUAUGACAAUAGAGCUACAGUGGUUUCCCCGGUUGCAGCAACUUCCUUUUUUAUUAUCACUGAAUUUUUGCAUCGGUUUCCCAGGAAGUGACCAUUUUGUUUUGUUGAGCACAUGGGAAGGAUUCUUUAUUCGCUAAUUAUUUAUGCGAUAUUCCAAUUGUUUUUAUUUUUUAAUGUCAGAUGAGUUUGUAAGUUUGUAUGGAAUCAUAUCUGCUGAUUAUUUUGGUUACAGGGUUACUUUGUUUAUUUUGUAUGAUAAGUAUUAUUGGAACGAGUCCGUAUAUUUUUUUCCCCCUCUACCAGCUGCUUUCGUGCCAUGAAGUAUUAAGAAGUAUUAACUUCUAAAUAGAAACAGCAUAGAAAUCUCACAGGGUAAAAUUGUGGUCACUUUGGGAAAUUUCAGAAAAAAUAUGUUAAGCAAAGAUCGAUAGUUUAGCAGUGUACUAUAAAGCACAGCUCACGCAAAAGUCAAACCAAGCAGCUUUCUCUAAGUCAGUGUGGCAAAUUUGUUGCAAAAUUUGCUUGGGGGGCCAUAUUUAACCCUUUUUGUGGGACACCCGAUGACGUAUUGCUGUUGAAAUGACAGAAUUUCACCCCUGAAAAUCUGCUGAACGUCAGUAAAUGUGAUUUUAAUGUGCCAAAUGUAACUCAUAAUCAGAUGGAUAAUACUAGUAGUUAUUUGUACAUUUGCACUUUUCAUGAUGCAGUUUGGUGUGCAAUUGUCCAUGUUGGACACACAGAGUCUUUCUUUUAUCAUGAAACUUUAUAGAUGCAGUCACUGAAAUAGCAGUAUGGCAAGCCGUUUUAACAUGGAAUUUAUAAACCACACUAGUAUCUAUUUUUGUCUCACUAAUAAACAUUUUAGAUACUAGUGCUCAUUCGUUAGAUACCUUGAUUUAGUAAGUAGACACUAAUACUCAGUAAUUAUUUACACUGCCUGACAAAAGUUUUGUUGUUGAUCCCAGUUUUAGGAGGAACAAAUACCAGAAGUGGCUUAUAUGAAGGGCAAAGGCCUCUAGAUUACGCUUA